AUGCCGCCGGCGCUGGCGGGCUUCCUGUCCGCGGCGCGCGCGGCGUCGCCCAAGGUCGUGGUGCUCGCGGAGCAGGAGGCCGGCCACAACGGCGCCUCCUUCCGGAAGCGCUUCGCAGAGGCGCUGAGCUACUACGCCGCGGCCUACGACAGCCUGGACGCGGCGGCGGCGGCGUACCGGAGGCCCGCCGCCGAGCGCGCUGAGGUGGAGCGCGCGGUGCUGGGCGAGGAGAUCAGGGACGUGCUCCUGCGGGAGGGCGCCCGCCGGCGCGAGCGGCACGACCGGCUGCACCAGUGGCCUCUGCGCAUGGAGGUCGCCGGGUUCCGGAGCGUGCCGCUGAGCUAUGCGGCGUUGAGACUGGGGGUCGACACGCUGAGGAGGUGUGGUGUGGGAGGAUGCGAGAGCAGAGAGCACGGGGGAUGCCUGCUCCUGUGCUGGAGGUCGUGGCCUCUCUGCUCGGUUUCGGCAUGGCGGCCGGACAGAGGCUCGGCUUAUGGAGUCGGUAGCGAGGAGUUGUAUCUGUCACCGUCAGCACCGCCUGCACAUUGCUUUGAGGAGCUGAUGUGCUGA